AGGACAGAGUCAGCCAGCUCAGCUGACAACAGCAGCGAAAUGAUGGCAGACUCUGGAAGUACCGAAGAAGUCGCUGUGAUCUGUAACACCGAUAUCACUUCAACGGAAUCCGAGAACAACAUUAUAAACACGAUGGUGGAACGAGGGACAGCUCUGUUGAGAAAAAUGGAGAUAAAUGUGGCAGAGGCAGAGAAGAGAACAGGGAAGAACGCUGUUAAUAUGCAGGAAACCUAUACCGUUUACCUCAUAGAAACACGGCCCGCUGAAGCUGUCUCAGAGGGGGGUACACCUGCCACGCCUGACACUUUGUGGAGACGCUACAGUGAGUUUGAACUGCUCAGAACAUACCUCCUGGUCACCUACCCCUACAUCAUCAUCCCUCCACUACCAGAGAAAAGGGCAGAGUUUGUGUGGCACAAGCUGUCAGCAGACAACCUCGACCCAGACUUUGUUGAGCGACGGAGAGUCGGCUUGGAAAACUUCCUGCUUCGUGUUGCAUCACAUCCUGCCCUUUCCAAUGACAAAAUUUUCUUCCUCUUUCUGACGGAGGAGAAGGGCUGGAGGGAGGCGGUUUUGGAGACAGGUUUCCAAGACAAGGCUGACUCCAGGCUAAAGUCUCUGAGUGCCAUGUUCAGAGUCAAGAACCCUGACAAGCGAUUCACUGCACUGAAACAAUACAGUGAUGAACUGAACACUGCUGUCUCACAGUUACUCAGGGUGCGGGCGAGAGUAGCAGACAGGCUGUAUGGAGUUUACAAGGUCCAUGGGAACUAUGGCAGAGUAUUUAGUGAGUGGAGUGCUAUAGAAAAAGAGAUGGGAGACGGUCUACAGAGUGCUGGCCACCACAUGGACACGUAUGCUGCAACAAUAGACGACAUUCUGGAGGAAGAAGAGCACUAUGCAGACCAAUUGAAAGAAUACCUUUACUACACUGAUGCCGUCAGGUCAGUAUGUAGGAAACAUGAGUUGAUCCAGUAUGAGUUGGAGUUGGCAGCUCUGGACCUCGCCCAUAAGAAACAACAGAAAGAAGAGCUGGCUACUGGGACAGUGCGCGUCUUUUCUCUAAAGGGGAUGACCAGUAAACUGUUCGGCCAAGAGAGCCAGGAGCAGAGGGAGAGCAGGUUGGCAGCCCUGGAGCAGAGUAUCCAGGAGGGAGAGGAAACGGUCAAAGAAAAGAACACAGAGUGCCAAGAAUUUGUGCGAACAGCCUGGGAAGACAUUGAACGUUUUAAGGAACAGAAGGACAAAGAUUUGCGCGAAGCACUAAUCAGCUAUGCCAUUAUGCAGAUCAGCAUGUGUAAGAAGGGCGUCCAGGUGUGGUCCAACGCCAAGGAGUGUUUCAACAAAAUGUGAGCCACUUUCCAGCCAAUCCCUAUCCUGCAACAAAACAGUAGUCAGUCAGAUUGUUCACAGCGGGGCCAUCAGCCAGUCGUCAGCAGUCUUGUGGAGAUGGACAGCGGGAGUCCAAAUACUGCCUUCACUUUGUUUGCUGUUGAAUUGUAGCAACUUGAUUCUCUGUCACCUUCUCUGUCUUAAUCUCUCACAUGCAUGCACACACACACACGCACGCACGCACACACACACACACACACACACACACACACACACUCACACACACACACAUUUAUUUUGAAAAAGUUUCUUAGUCAGUUAUUUAGUGGAUUCAUGCCUUUUUAAAUUCAAGUGUCUAAACAGUACAAUUCUCCUCUGCUGAUAUAACUUAUACUGCAGAUGAUCCAAAUUUUCUGUGCUUUUUCCUUCAUUGUUACACAGCUGACUGCAUACGUCCAAGAGAAAAAUCCUGCACUAAUAAUGCAUGAUGGUUCACGGUGAGAAUAGCUGUGCAGUAUAUUUUGGUUGUUACCUUCUCUUGAUUUAUCCCUCACAGUGAAAAUAAGAAAAAUGUCAUCUUGAAAAGCGGCGCAUUUCACUACAUUUGUCACAAAUAGCACUGCAGACCAGCAUCAAAGUUGUUUUCUCUAAUUUGACACUUAAUUGUCACUCCAUUAAAGCAUUUAACUUUUACUUUAAUAAUUGGCCAGUAAUCUAUGCCAAAAUCUGCAAAACUUCAAAUAGUCUGUCUGCAAGAGCAUCUAGAAACAAUGUCUCCAGGCCUCCCAAAUGUAGCAGAAAUGUGCAUUGAAAUUACGGAAGUUGAAGUUAUGGAAACGCCUGAGAAUUGUUGUCAGGAAUUAGCUACAGAAAAUACUUGUACUACUACUUCUCAUCCUUAAAUAAGAAAUGUAGUCUUUUGAAACUGUCAAGUGGAUAUCAAUCACUAACAGAAGUCAGUUUUUAAGAAAGGGAACACGUAGACAUUCAUAUUUCCUUUCCUCCUUUUCCUCAAAUAUAUGUCAUGCACUUCGUGCAUAAGUCAGUCUUUAUGCUGGUAUAACUGACCAAAGUGCUUAUGACCAAGUACUUGUACAGAUUACGGGUGGGGAGCACAAGAGAGGGAUUGACAUGCUUGGGACAGGGUUGGUAAUUAAUAUUGAUUUGUUUAUUGUUUUGUGCCAAAUGCAAAGAGCCAUGAGUAAAGAUGCAGUCAUGAAGGCCUCAGUAGGAGGCUUUUUGGGGAUCUGGAACAUGGCGUCCUCACCAAUUUCCUAUGUACAAACUGCAACAAAAAGUGUUGUUAAAAGCAACACAAUCAAUAAUUGAGCCAUAUUCUUUGCUGUCAAGCUUUAUAGCCUUAAUAUGAACAUUGUUUUUUUUUUUUUUUUACAACGGGGGAGGGACAAUCUGUUGUUUGAUGCUGUCAGCACCCUUUAAUGUGCCUCACCCCUUUUUCUGAUAUCAAGUCACUGCACUAAAUUAUCAACUUGGUCCCAAGAAUAUCUCAGGUCAGUGUGUAGGGAAAAAUACUGACCAAAUAGUGGAAACCUUUACUACAUAUGUGUAUAUAUGGAUCCUCAAAAUCUGACCACAUGUGCUACUUUUGCUUCCUGGUGAUAACCAUCUGAGAAAAAAGUGGUGCAAACUGGGUAUGAUGUAAAAGUUGUGCAGAGAUUAUUUUCCAUCAGCAAACCCUGCCUUUUCAGAAUAAACAAUCAAUUUUUCUCAGAUAAUCCCAAAUUGAGGCUGUAUGUAUGUUUUUUUUAAAUAACUUUGUUUAAUGAGUUUGUUUUAUGUAAUCAAUGUGCUGAGACACUAAUAAAUAUUUCUUUAAAAAAAAAA